AUGACUCGCUACGCUGCUACUUCUAUUGACGCUUCCAACAGCGCUUCUUCCAGAGGUUCUUACCUUCGUGUUUCUUUUAAGAACACGCGCGAGACUGCCCAGGCUGUUAGCGGCUGGCAAGCCAACAAGGCUCUUCAGUACCUUGAGGCUGUCUCCGAUAAGAAGCGUGCUAUUCCUUUCCGCCGUUUCAAUGGUAGCAUUGGUCGCACCGCCCAGGGAAAGGAAUUUGGUGUUACCAAGGCUAGAUGGCCUGUCAAGUCUUGCAAGUUUGUUUCUGACUUGAUUAAGAAUGCUCUGGCCAAUGCUGAGGCUAAGGGCCUUGAUGCCUCUACUCUUUACAUUAAGCACAUUCAGGUUAACCAGGCUCCUAAGGUCCGUCGCCGCACUUACCGUGCUCACGGUCGCAUCAAUGCCUACAAGAGCUCUCCUUCCCACAUUGAGAUUAUUCUUGCUCCUGAGGCUGAGUCUGUUCCUGCUGCUGAGGAAGACAAGCAAGUUGCUACUGCUUAA